UUGACGGUGCCUCUUUAUUUAUGUUCGCCAUCGGCACGGAUAGUUUACUGUACCGUAAUCAAUCAGUCAGGAUUAGCUACACCCACAAUGUGCAAGCUCCACCCCAGCCUUGUCCUGUACAAACCGCGUGAAGUUUUGCACGCUGCCGGUAGUCUAUCCCGCGAAUGUGCUGCAACCACAGAAACAUCUAACGGUUGGUUACUGGAUUAAAAUAGCAGUGUCUACCGGGACUAUCCAAACGGAGGAGUGGCAGCAUUAUGUCUCUGGAGAAAAUUAGGUCUUGAGCCAUUUGUUUUUCAUCUUUAGCUAGGUAGCAACGGGUGCAUAUCUCACGAUAUGGUUAGCGGAGGAUGGAAGCGGACGACGUGUCGGUUCGAGAGCAGAUAUUCCACGACCGGGUUCGGGAGAUCAUAAUCUCCAUCCUGCUCUUCAUCUGUCUUUAUAUCCUCUGCUACUUCAUCAUCACCCACUUCAAAAAAAAUGCUGAGUUUGUAUCUGAUGACAACGAGGAAGCUACUGUCAAUAGGAUUGCGUUAUGGCUCUGUACCUUCACUCUCUCUGUGUCCAUGGGGGCGGUCCUACUCCUCCCCCUCUCCAUCCUGUCCAAUGAGGUGCUGCUCUCCUUCCCAGACAGCUACUACAUGCAGUGGCUCAAUGGCUCCCUCAUCCACGGCCUGUGGAACCUGGUCUUCCUCUUCUCCAAUCUCUCCCUCUUCUUCCUCAUGCCCUUCGCCUACUUCUUCACCGAGUCUGAGGGCUUCGUCGGCUCCAAAAAGGGCCUGACAGGCCGGCUGUACGAGACGGCGGUGGUUCUGCUGCUCCUCACCCUGCUGGUGCUGGGCAUGGUGUGGGUCGCCUCCGCCCUGCUCCACCGUGACACCACCCAGGAGAGCCUCUACGAUAUGUGGGAGUAUUAUCUGCCCUACCUGUACUCCUGCAUCUCCCUGUUUGGGGUCCUGCUGCUCCUGCUGUGCACGCCCUUCGGUCUGUCGCGCAUGUUCAGCAUCACGGGGAGCCUGCUGGUCAAGCCUCGGCUGUUGGAGGAUGUAGAGGAGACCGUCAGCUGUGCGCUGUUUGAGGAGGCCUCUCUCUCCAGAAAACUGACUGGCGGGACAUCCUGCUGGAUCGGCUUCAACAUGGAAGUGGUGAAGAGGCACCUCCUCAGCGUGCAGGCCCGGCGCAUCGCCCUGGAGUUGAGGAGGAGGGCGUCCCCAUGGCAGCGUAACCUCAGUUACCCGCUGGCCAUGCUCCUGCUGUUGGCUCUAACGGUGGUGUCGGUGCUGAUGGUGUGUGUGCACGUGCUGGAGCUGCUGAUCGAUGACCGGGCCAUGCCCAGAGGAAUGGAGGACCCCCAUUUGGGCGCCGCCUCCUUCUCCAUGUUCGGCUCCCUGGGAGCGACGGUGCAGGUCGUCAUCAUCCUGUAUCUGAUGGUGUCCUCUGUGGUCGGGUUCUACAGCUCGCGCUUUUUCACCGGCCUCCUGCCUCGAACCCACGACACCAACAUGACACAGAUCAUCGGAAACUGCGUCUCUCUGCUGUUUCUGAGUUCUGCUCUGCCCGUCUUCUCCCGCACUCUGGGAAUCACACGGUUCGACCUGCUCGGGGACUUUGGAAGAUACAACUGGCUGGGGAACUUCUACAUCGUGUUCCUGUACAACAUUGUGUUUGCGGCUCUGACGUCUGCCUCCCUCAUCAACACGGUCACCUGGGCCGUGCAGAGAGAGCUGAUGCGUGCCUUCGGUCUUCACAAGCUCCCUCUGAAGAUGUCCCGGUCCGCCAUCCCCCUCAAGCUCCUCCUGGCCAACGGCCUCUCCAAGAUUCAGUGACGUCUCACCGUGCUUCGGCGCCUUGCACCUCCGACCUUAAAAGCUGCAGAACCUUCUGGAAAAAUAAGGGGCAAGACUUCCUGUUGGACUACAGGACACUACUGUGCCUGGUCCGCUGAGCCAAUGGGAGCACAGAAGCCAGUCGACCAAUCAAUUUGAAGGAAGCGUGCAGUCAAGGCACACUGGAAGAGUAUCAGCUCUAGGAGUUGGAGGAAAAAUGAAGUCUGGCCACCGCAGACUUACCUUUGGGACCAAAUGUGUUUGUUUCCUUGUUUACGGAGGCCACUGUCUGCAUUGUGAAGUCGGGGGGGAAAUGCGGUUGUUUGCCAAAAGGGCAUUACGUUAAGCAGAGAAACGGAAGUGCAGGGCUGUGUGACCUUUCACCCUGUUCCCUACACCAGUGCCUUGUAGGACAUUAACAAUAGCAAUACUUAGUCGAUGGGAUUUGACACCUGUCCAAACCAAGGUCUGCAGAUCUUUUUCAAACAUGACGUCAUGAUUGUGACAUAAUUUCCUCUUCCUGCUCAGUCUGUGGAGUUUAUUCUUGCUUUGGCAGGAAGUUUAACACCGGGCAUUUCCUAUCCGUGCAGACCCCUCUCCCCCCCCCGUUCUCCCCUUUACCAAACUAUUUCUGUUGCCUCAGUCACUCCUCUUACCUUUCUCUUCUGGUGGAAUGCCAUUUCCGUUUUUUGUUGUGUCUUUUUCUCUGUUGUGCAGCAGAGACCUAAUUAGGAGUGUGAUGAACUUUAGGAGAAAGGAGGGAGAUCGUAUUCAGAUUGUCAGCCAUGAAGACAGGAGCCCUUUUCUGAAAGCCCUUUGCGUUCAAUGGCAUAAAGGGUUGGCAGGGGCGAUACUUAAAUUAAGAUGGCUGGUUAAGGAUGGCCAUCCUCGUUGCUUGGGUCAGCUGGUAUAUUUACUUGUGACCAGCAACCUAAAAAUCAUACUGUGAAGUGUUUACACUGAUGUGUGUGCAUGCAACGUGCCUGGGUGUGUGUAUAAACAAGUGCAAUACAGAAUAUGGGAUGGUGAGGGUAGGCUUUGAAGGAUUGUGUGUGUGUGUGUGUGUGUGUGUGUGUGUGUGUGUGUGUGUGUGUGUACAUGUUCAUCUGAUUCUGUUUCCUGUGUUUGCUGUGUCAUUUUGUGUUUGAUAUGUACGGUUCUCUACCAUCGUUUAUUUGGCUCUGUGCCGUUGGUUUUGCUGCAUCAUCUUAUUGUAAUGGAAUAUGUGACAUGAUACAGCGAAAUUGAAUGGGUAGUGGUAUGCCCAGGAAUUCCUGGGGUAAAAUUCAGAAUCAAACUGACAAACUUCAACCCCUUGUCGACUGAGGGGCCAGUGCAGUAGGUUUGUCGACUGAAGGGGGAAGGGGGUGUUAUAGCCCCAGACCCGUAAGCCCCCCAAACAGGAGUCUCAAACUAGACUCUUCUCUGGGAAGUACUCAAAGUGGGUUGCUGAGAAGCUGAGUCCAGCUGGUAAAUAUAUGGGGGAAAUCAGAACCACUACAUUCUUUGUGUUAACCUUUUUAAGUUUCUGUCAAAGCGAAAAGAAAUGAUCAAGCUAAAAGGGGAUUCUGCUGUAGCUGGGCUGCAGUGCUGUCCAACUGUCAUCAAAUUAGCCAAGCAGUUAUUUUAAUGCUCUCUCUUAAUACAUUUAAAGAUGACUGCUCAUCCAAGCAUGUGUAUCAAUGUUCAAAGAUGUCAAGUUUGUCCCCUCACACUAAUGUUUAAUGUUUACACGCCUCCCAUCCUCAAAUCUGCAGCUGGAGCCUGUGAGGCUGCUGUGUGCAGGGACAUGGUGAGGUGGGGCCAGUGAGGAUGCGGAAUGAGUGUAAUCCCUGUGUGUGCUGUGGAUUUCUAACCGUGCCCUUUUCUGUGCUCAUCACUCUUAUCUGAGGCCGGGCACAAGCUGGCCCUUAAAUUUAACAUAGACGUGUCAUCACUGUUUUGCGGCAGUUUUUUUUGAGAAGUCCAGUAACUGCAGUUUGAAAGGGGAGUGAAUGUGCAGAUUAUGUGACUCAUUUAAAUUUAAGAAUAAAAAAAGGUUUGCUAGAAGCCAUAAGAAAUUUUGCUGAAUGUUUUGUUUUUAAUUAUGUUUUUUAUAUAUCAAAUCCUCAGCAACCUGAGGUUAUGAAAUGUGGGCAUGUAUGAUUAUUUUAACAUGGCGUAGGGAUUUGAUACAAUUGUUUUAAUUGAUUAAAAAGACAAUAAAUGUAUUUAUCAGUUGCUUUUUCUAUAA